CAAGAAGAACAUAUUAAGCCUUCUCUUCUAUAUUCAAAACCAUAUUGUUGCAUUGUAAGCUUGUGUUUAAGCUCAGAAAUGGCUCUUAAGCAAUUAACAGGCGGCGUGCAUCAACUAGGCAAAGGUGAAAGGCUAUUGUUUUCAAGUUCUGAUGAUAAUGCAAUGACUAAGCAAAUUCAGGGAACUCAUUCUCCUGAUGGUCGGGAAUUUGAGGUCAAACCUCUUCUUCAUAUCGUUGAAGACAUCUUCAAUCGCGCUGCCCCCACUAUCGAUGCCCUUGCUAUUGCUGCUCCGCAACAAACACGUUCAGAAGCUUUGGACGACAGAACUUACCAAACGAGCUUCAUUGCCACGCUUGAAUCUUUGGCAUUUGUCAUUGAUCGAGUCGCAACUGAGAUAGCAUACAAAUGCACAGGUGGUGCAGAUGCACAUGCAACUACUAUGUCACUAUUAAACAUGCUAUCCAACUAUUCAUGGGAAGCCAAGUUGGUGAUAGCAUUAGCUGCUUUUGCAAUGAACUAUGGAGAGUUUUGGUUGGUUGCACAGUGCUACACCUCAAACCAGCUUGCGAAAUCUGUUGCAAUUCUGAAACAAUUGCCUGACAUGUUAGAACAUUCAAGCAUGCUUAAACCUCGAUUUGAUGCGAUCAAAAACCUCAUCAAAGUCAUGGUAGAUAUUGCCAAAUGCAUUGUUGAGUUCAAGGAGCUUCCUCCUCAUUACAUUUCUUUAGAUAUCCCUGCAAUGUCCACUGCAAUGGCCCAUAUUCCUAUUACUGUCUACUGGACAAUGAGAAGUAUUGUGGCUUGUGCAUCCCAGAUUACUGGCCUUAUUGGUUUGGGGCAUGAGCACGUAGUGUCAACUACAGAGGCCUGGGAGCUAUCAAGCUUGGCUCACAAGCUCAGUAACAUGCAUAGUCACCUAGCAACUCAACUAGCGAUAUGCUAUAAGCACAUUGAUGAAAAGAAACAUCUGGAAACUUAUCAGAACCUCUUACAUUUGUUCGAGAUGGCCCAUAUUGACAACAUGAAAGUUCUCAGAGCUUUGAUUUAUACUAAGGAUGAUCUACAGCCGCUUGUUGAAGGAACCACAAAGAGGAGGGUCAACAUUGAUGUCCUGAGAAGGAAAAAUGUGCUUCUGCUCAUAUCAGACCUUGAGAUUUUGCAAGAAGAGAUUGCCAUUCUUGAACAAAUAUACAAUGAGUCCCGGCUUCAUCCAACAAGGCAGGAGAGUCAAUAUGAGAUUGUGUGGCUUCCAAUUAUAGACCCAGCUGUCCCUUGGAAUGAUAAUAUGCAAAGUCGAUUCGAGACAUUGCAGGCUGGUAUGACUUGGUAUUCUAUACACCACCCUUCCUUGAUUGACAGGGCAGUGAUAAAGUUUGUUAAACAAGCGUGGCAUUUUGAGAAGAAGCCUAUACUUGUGGUGCUUGAUCCACAAGGAAGGGUCGCUUGCCCUAAUGCACUCCAUAUGAUGUGGAUUUGGGGCAGUCUAGCCUUCCCUUUCACCACUUUAAGGGAGGAAGCUCUUUGGAAGGAAGAAAGUUGGAGACUUGAGCUCUUGGUGGAUGGCAUUGAUCCAAUGGUUCUCAAUUGGAUGCAAGAAGGAAGAUACAUAUGCUUAUAUGGAGGAGAAGACAUGGAAUGGAUUCGAAAAUUUACAAACACAGCAAGAGCUGUUGCACAAUCUGCAGGUAUUCCAUUGGGAAUGGUUUACGUAGGAAAAAGCAAUCCAAAAGAAAGAGUUCGAAGAAACAUUGCAACAAUCAUCGUGGAAAAGCUCAGCCAUUACUGGCAAGACUUAACUUCAAUUUGGUACUUUUGGGUUAGAAUUGAAAGCAUGUGGAGAUCAAAGAAUCAAUUAGGAAGAACACCUGAAAAUGACCCAAUAAUGAAAGAGAUCAUGACUAUGCUUAGCUUUGAUGGCAGCGAUGGCGGAUGGGCUAUUUUCACUAGAGGCUCUGAUGAAAUUGUUAGAGCUAAAGGAAAUAUAUUUUUGACUUGCUUGGCAAAUUACAGUGCUUGGAAAGAUCAAAUACAGCAAAAGGGUUUUAUGCCAACGCUUAAAGAACAACUCUACCUUUCUGCACCUGAACAUCAUUGUAACCGCCUUGUGCUUCCCGGUGCUGCUGGAAUGAUACCGGAAAGAAUUGUUUGCUCGGAUUGUGGCCGGAGCAUGGAAAAGUUUAUCAUGUAUAGGUGCUGCGAUGAGUAAGCAAAAGCAAUGAGCAAUGGCUAUAAAUUAUAAUCAGUUUUUAUGAAUUGAUGCAGAGAUAAAUAAGUUGCUUGCAGCUGAGAAUGAUGAGAUUGCUUUCACAAGGAUGGAAAUUUUUACUAUGUAAUGGAUUUGCAUUACUUUAUAAUUUCUUUUGUUGUUAUAAUAUGCAGUGUUGUGUGUUAAUUAUGAAACUACUACUUAUUUCAAUAAAGUCUUUUUCCUCUUAAAA